AUGUUGCAGAGCUUAUUCAGGGGGCAGCUGAUGAUUGUAUACAACCAGAAACAAUUAGCUCACAACAGGCCAAUAAUAUCCAUGGAACAAUUUCUGGACAAGGUGGCCUGGCCUGAAGCCCAACUCCCUUUGGGAAGAGCCCCUGAGGUUGUUCCUCCCAAUCCUAUACCAACAAGGACAGAGCCUGCACCAGCUGAGUCGCAACCUCCAGUAGUAGACCCACCUACUUCUCCGGAGGUUGAGAUACUAUCUCCUCCACCAGCUCCACUGGCACCACCUUUGAUACUCAUUCCUGAUGACGCAGAUGCUGAAACUGCUCCUCCUCCUGACUCAACAGCAUACUACCUAGAGGAUGGUUCAGACUUUUCUGACUGGAUGGACAAUUGA